AUGCACGGAUUAGUGGUUCUUUUGGUUUGCCUGGCCGUGGGCUCCGCCUUUGCCGGCACCGUUGGCGUGUCCAACGCCGAUCCCUUCGAGCGCGAGGGUCGCAUUGUGGGCGGCCAGGAUACUACGAUCCGCGCCCAUCCCUACCAGGUUUCGCUGCAGACCAAGAGUGGCUCCCACUUCUGCGGCGGCAGUAUCAUCGAUGCGGAAACCAUUGUAACUGCUGCCCAUUGCCUGCAAGGAAGGAAGGCCGCCAAGGUGUUCGUGCGCCUGGGCUCCACGCUCUACAAUGAAGGUGGAAGAUUGGUGGCUGUGCGGGAUUUGCUCUACGAUGCGGACUACAGUACCAAGACCAUGGAGUACGACGUGGGUAUACUGAAGCUGGCGGAAAAGGUCGAGGAAACCGAAGACAUUCGCUACAUCGAACUGGCCAAGGAAACUCCGCCCACUGGAACAACGGCCGUGGUCACCGGCUGGGGCUCCAAGUGCUACUUCUGGUGCAUGACCCUGCCCAAGACCUUGCAGGAGGUGUACGUCUCCAUUGUGGACUGGAAGACCUGCGCGUCCACGGAGUACAAGUACGGCGAAAUCAUCUACGACAGCAUGGUCUGUGCCUAUGAGAAGAAGAAGGAUGCCUGCCAGGGCGACUCUGGUGGUCCUCUGGCGGUUGGUAAUACCCUGGUGGGUAUCGUGUCCUGGGGAUACGCCUGCGCCUCCGAGGGACUUCCUGGUGUCUACACCGAUGUGGCGGCUGUGAGGGAGUGGAUCCUGAGUUCCGCCGAAACUUUGUAGAUAUUUCUAAUAAAAAAUGGGGUGGUGCAAGCAUACUUUCGGGGAUUUUAGGGUAUCGAAGAACAUUUAUUGAAAUUCAAAAAGCUUCAAGACUAGUCCAUUAUUACCAAGCGCUUUGUGGGUAUAAUGCUAUGAUUUCCUAGUUGUUAUAUAUCUGGAAACUUGGAUGAACUCUGCAUAGUUUCAGUAACUUAAAAACUUUACAAAGUAAAUUUAUACCUAUAACUUAUGUGAAAGGUAAAAAUUAAAAAUUAAAUGCCUUAAAUAAUGUA